AUGGCAGGAAACAUCGCGGCCCUCAUACAGGCAUUUGAGCUCGCUAGUACGUUUUUUACCCCUCGCAUCCUUCAAGGAGCUCAAGGCUACAUGGCUCUCCCGUCCCUAUUUUAUCCUCACCACAACGCUGUGAAGUGGAAGGCGAAGCGCCCAUCGCUAUCACUUGGUAUCGAUGGGGUGGCCCUCUCCAACGACAGCCACGCAACCAUCUUGGCCAAUGGUUCCCUGCGCCUGGAAAGUGUACAUCGGCGUUCACGGGGAGGAGGAGGAGGAGCAGCCGACACAGCCACCAACGCCAGCGAUUCAAGUGCCGGGGAGUAUAGUUGUGCCGCCCAGAACCGCUACGGCCUGCUGGUCAGCCGCAAAGCCCGCGUACAGAUUGCCACCUUGUCCAAAUUCCACAUGCACCCAGAAUCCAUGUCAGUCGAGGAGGGGGGCGUGGCCCGAUUCCAGUGUUUCGUCCAGGGGGUUCCCGAAGCUACCAUCACCUGGGAGCGGAACCGGACAGCUCUGCUAACGGACGACUAUCGGUUCACGUUGCUCCCAACCGGCAUCCUGCAGAUCACGGGAGCGAGACGUUCUGACGUGGGCACCUACCGUUGCGUGGCCAGCAACAUCGCCAAUACCCGCUACAGCCAAGAAGCUACCCUAAGCAUCAGCGUCUCAGCUCCUAAGUUGUACAAGGAGCCAGUCAUCUUGUCAGGCCCACAGAACCUGACCAUCAACGUCCACCAGACCGCCAUCUUGGAAUGCAUCGCCACCGGCAACCCACGGCCUAUUGUAUCUUGGAGCCGCCUGGAUGGGCGUUCUAUUGGCGUUGAGGGCAUCCAGGUGCUGGGGACCGGCAACCUCAUGAUCUCCGAUGUGUCUGUGAAGCAUGCCGGGGUCUACGUCUGCGCCGCCAAUCGGCCCGGCACCCGUGUGCGCCGUACGGCCCAGGGCAUACUCAUGGUUCAAGCUCCGCCAGAGUUUGUGCAGUGGCCCCAAUCCGUCUCCAAGCCCCCCGGCAGCAGCGCCAUCUUCACCUGUGUGGCACAAGGCGUGCCAGAGCCCCACCUCAUCUGGCUGAAGAAUGGCAAAGUCCUGGCGCCCGGCGAGAACAUCAAACUCACCCACAACAACAGCACACUGAUGAUCCAGCGGAUCACCUCAGCAGACGAGGCCAUCUACCAAUGCAUCGCUGAGAACAGCGCUGGUACCAACCAGGCCAGCGCCCGCCUGGCUGUGGCCCUUUCCAAGGAACUGCCCAGCUCCCCGGAAGGGGUCCAGGCGACGGCCCUCUCCACCACCUCCAUCCAGGUGUCCUGGCUGGAGCCCCCCAUGGAGGUCACCGAGGCCAUCAUAGGAUACGUGCUUCACAUCCGCAAGGCAGGAGAGUCUGACAGCCGGGAGCUGCAGGAGGCCGUCAGCAAAACCACUUUCCAGCACGUCUUCACCAACCUGGAACCCUCCACGACUUACUCCAUCUACCUGAAGGCUUAUUCGCCGCUGGGCGCCAGUCAGGAUUCCCAGCCCAUCUUGGCCACCACCCUGGGCAGCAUCCCUGCAACGUUGGGCUUUUUCACCAAGAUCCUCAACACCAGCUCUGUCCACGUCUUCUGGGAGCUACCCGCCAGGCCAGGCAGCAUUGAAGGCUUUAAGCUAUAUUUGCGGAAGCUGCCGAAUGCCCACUAUGAAGGCCCCCAGAUCUUGCCUGGCACCGCCAACUCUUUCACGUACAACGACCUGGAGCCAUCCGCCAUGUACGAGAUCAAACUCCAGGCCUUCAAUGGGAACGGCAAUGGGAACAGCAGCGUGCGGUUCGUGUCGCUCAAGGAGAACUCUGAGAGGCUUGAUGCCAACCCGGUGUGCCAGUGCGGGCAGGACGGGGACAGCUCCCUCGCCGGCAUCGUGGUUGGCGUCCACAUUGGCAUGGCGUGCAUUAUAUUUUGCGUUCUCUUCCUCAUGUUCGGCUACCGCAAGAGCCUCUUCUGUAAGAAAGGAACCCAAGAGAGUUGGACCGUCCCCCAGGGAACAGAGCUGGUUCAGACCACCGCCAGGGAGCCUCCCCAUGCCCAACGGAAGCCGGAGGGCAGGGCAAAACCUUCUGAGAUGGUGGAACUCGUUACUCAGAACCCCCCAUCCUCAGACGGACUCCCUACCCACAACACCCCCUGUUUCGAAGUGACGGUUGAACGUUGUCCUCCUUCCCAGCCCAGCGGUUAAGCCAAUGCAGGUGGGGGCGGGGA